CGAUCCCAGAUCACGCCACCACACUCCCCCCGACGGCAGCUUCUGAUUGGUCGGCUCGUGAGCGGAGAGAGAGGAGGUGCGUGCUCCAAAUACGCUCUAUUUUUAUUGAAACACGUAGAAGAGCAGUGGGAGCCGGAGCGUUGCUGAGUCAACUUCAGCAUCCCCAACGCAAUCAGCAGGUGCAGCAUAAGUCAUUACCAUUUUACGUCAUCUCAUAGGUACCAGUUGUGGUGGGAGCUGUCUGUGCUGGUUCCUCUGCUAACUGUGUUCGUCCUGGUUAUUUGGUCACCAAUCAUAUCAUGGAGCGGAAUGGUGAAGAGGCCAUGGCGGACAGCUUGUGGGUCGGAGGUGCCAUCGGGGCCAUCAAGGCCGUGGCUUUCUUCUGCGACAUCGUGACGUACCCGUUCUACCUCAUCCUGCAGCGGCCAUGGGAGAAGAAGCGCCUGUCGGAGAGGACCAAGGCUGUGUCAGUCUCAAAGGAGAGCAAAUCCAUCACAUACAGAAGUGUCCUGCCUCCUCACAACAUUCAUCUUACCUUGCUACGUGAAGAGAUAAAUACUAUGGAUUUAUUGGUCCGGUAUUUGGCUAAACGUUACCACACUCGUCGUUGCCUUGGCACAAGACAGAUCAUAGCAGAGGAAGAUGAGAAACAAAAAGAUGGAAGGCUGUUUAAGAAGUAUGUUCUUGGAGACUAUCACUGGAAGAGUUAUACCCAAGUCGAUCAGGAAUCUACUGGUUUUGGUUGUGGGCUCCGCAUUUUGGGUCAGGAACCACGUAGCAGUAUUGUUCUGUUUGCUGAGACUCGUGAAGAAUGGAUGGUAGCUGCUCAUGGUUGUUUUAAGCAAAACAUUCCGAUUGUCACAAUCUAUUCCACUUUGGGAGAUGAGGCCAUUGCUCAUGGUAUUAAUGAAACAGAAGUUACCAUGCUCAUCACUAGUCAUGACUUGUUGCCCAAGUUCAAGAAGAUUCUGUCAAUGUGCCCUAAAGUUAACACCAUCAUUUAUAUGCGAGAUCAGUUGAAGCACACUGAUACUAAUGGUUUCAAGGAAGGUGUCAAAAUUGUCAGCUUUGAUGAAGUUAUCAAAAUGGGUGAAGAGUCAGCCAGUAAGGUUGUUGCUGUCCCUCCUACCCAAGAUGACACAGCCAUUAUUAUGUACACCAGUGGUUCUACGGGAGUGCCCAAAGGAGUUAUUCUUACUCACCGAAAUAUGAUGGCUACCCUUCGUGCCUUCUCUGAUUGUGUUGAUAUCAAUGAGGAGGAUGUGUUCCUUGGCUUCCUUCCUCUUGCUCACGUUCUGGAGCAGGCUGUUGAAAGUGCUUGCCUACUGUAUGGUGUUCCUAUUGGUUAUUCUACUCCACUAACCAUGAUUGACUCCUCAAGUAAAAUCAAGCAUGGUACUAAAGGUGAUGCGUCUGUUCUCUGCCCGACUGUGAUGACGUCUGUUCCAUUAAUUUUGGACAGAAUAUACAAAGGUAUUAACGAUAAAGUAUCAAAGAAGGGUGGAUUCUCCAAGGCUCUCUUUGAAUUUGCUUGCCAAUACAAAAAUAAGUGGGUUAGGAGAGGAUUUAAUACACCUCUAAUUAACAGGCUUGUGUUCAAGCCCAUCAGGUCCAUCCUUGGUGGCCGCAUCAAGUAUGUUUUAUGUGGUGGUGCCCCGCUGUCCCCAGAGACCCAUGAACUAAUCAAGAACUGCCUUUGUGCCACUGUCCUCCAAGGAUACGCACUUACUGAAACUACUUCCUGUGCCACUGUGAUGGACAUGUGUGAUAGGUCACUUGGCCGAGUUGGCAACCCUACCACAGUCACAGACAUCAGACUUGUUGAUUGGGAUGAAGGAAACUACAGAGUGACUGACAAGCCUUACCCCAGAGGAGAAAUAAUCAUUGGUGGUGACAACAUUUCACCAGGUUAUUACAAGAUGCCUGAUAAAACCAGAGAAGAUUUCUUUGAGGAGGAUGGCAAGAGAUGGUUCAAGACUGGUGACAUUGGUGAAUGUCAUCCUGAUGGAGUCUUCAAAAUUAUUGAUCGCAAGAAGGAUCUAGUCAAACUGCAGCUUGGAGAGUAUGUUUCUUUAGGAAAGGUUGAAUCUCAACUCAAGACAUGCCCGCUUGUGGAGAACAUCUGUGUUUAUGGAGACCCUACCAAGCACUACACUGUUGCUCUUGUUGUGCCCAACCACCCUCAUCUUGUUAAUUUGGGUAAUACUCUUGGCCUCACUGGUGCCACCUUCGAGGAUUUGUGCUCCAACCCCAAUGUGGAGAAGGCAGUACUUCGGGAGUUGGGAGAACAUGCCAAAAAAUGUAAAUUGGAGAAGUUUGAGGUGCCAGCUGCUGUUAAGCUAUGCACUGAAGUUUGGUCACCGGAUAUGGGAUUAGUAACUGCUGCCUUUAAAUUGAAACGUAAAGAUAUUCAAGAAAGAUAUCAGCAUGAAAUUAAUCGCAUGUAUGCAUCAUGAUAAGUUGGCCUUAAUUAGCUGGCUUUUUUAAAAACCCAGUGUGUGAAUGUGUUAGUGCCCUGUACAUAAUGUAUGUAUUUGUGUUGAGUGCAAUGUGCUAUUGUGAGCCAAUUACUUAGGUUUUAGAAUUUUGUACAUUUCAAGAUGAUCACUGUAAGAAAGUAACUUUGAUACUCAUAAUGCUUAAAUAUGAAAAGUCUUUAUCAUUUUGGUUGUACUUGUGCAGUGACAUAUCGUAAAUGCACUACAGUAACUAAAUUUAUUGAAAUCUUUUGUGGUACAAACAAGAUGGUUGUGUAUGCUAUUAGCUCUAAGAGCAUUUUUCAGCAAUUCCUUGUAAAUGAAAGUUGUAUAUAAUGUAAAUGUAUGAGCGUGGAGAUGAGUGCCACGCUGGCGUGACAUCACAGCAGGCCUGCCCUGUUACUUAUUUAUUGUAAAAUGAAGAGUCUUUUUAUUUAGCUAAAGUUAAAGACUGUUAUUAAAUGUUAAGGGAUAGGCGGAGCGAUGGUCUCUGUAAGAAUCGUGAUAUAUGCUCUAAAUUUUGUUACAUCAAUUAUGCUUGAAAACAAGUGCUUCAUUUUUAUUUCCAUUUGCUGAGUCUUCCCCAUUUGGUCUUUCUAUGUAAUUAAAUAAAUCAUUUUGAAUUUUACAAA